AUGCGAAUCACAGCCGUAGCUCAUCGCGAGAUUACCGUCCAGUCCUUUGCCUGUAUCCAGCUGGUAGCCUGCCUGCCUACCGUUGAGGGUUUUGUAGCAGUGAGGUGAGAUUCACCCAUCGUCAUGGGAAACAUCUUUGGUAACCUGUUGAAGAGCCUUAUAGGCAAGAAGGAGAUGAGGAUUCUAAUGGUGGGGCUGGAUGCAGCAGGGAAAACCACUAUCCUGUACAAACUGAAGCUGGGGGAGAUUGUUACUACCAUCCCCACAAUUGGUUUCAAUGUGGAGACAGUGGAGUACAAAAACAUCAGCUUCACCGUGUGGGAUGUGGGUGGCCAGGACAAAAUCCGUCCCCUUUGGAGGCACUACUUCCAGAACACCCAGGGUUUGAUCUUUGUGGUGGACAGUAAUGAUCGUGAACGGGUAAACGAAGCUCGGGAGGAGCUCAUGAGGAUGCUGGCUGAGGACGAGUUGCGGGAUGCGGUUCUCCUCGUCUUUGCUAACAAACAGGACCUGCCUAAUGCCAUGAAUGCUGCAGAGAUCACAGACAAGCUAGGCCUACACUCUCUACGUCACCGCAACUGGUACAUCCAGGCGACCUGCGCCACCAGUGGAGACGGUCUGUACGAGGGCCUGGACUGGCUGGCCAAUCAGCUGAAGAACAAAAAGUGAAGGGUCCAGUCGGUAGAGCGGGGAAGAGCCUGGGUGCCAGCUCCAGGUAGUGAUUAUAGUGGAUCCAUUGUGUUUACAUGGAGAGGCAGUGCUGAAAAGCAACUCUCAAUGGCUUUCUCCCCCAAAAAACUUUGGUUUAUUUAAUUUCUUUACUCUGUCUAAUUUAUUUUGUCUAGCUCCUCUGAGAGCAUUUUUUUUUCUUUACAUACCACUGGUUGACGUAAGUGAUUUAAAUUUUAUAGAUUGAAUACAUAAACAUUGGGAUGUAAUAGUAUAAUGUCAUUGUAAAGUAUUACCCCUAUUUUACAGUCUCCGUGACCUUUGACAUUUAUGAAAGUGAUAAAUCUAGACUUAUGGCAAUUAUCGCAAACUAAUCCUGUGUAACUGAAUUUUCUUUCAGAUACUUGAUGUAAAUUAUAACGAAUGUCAUAAUAGUAUAAGUGGGAGUACUAUUACUAACUCAGAGUACUAUCAUGUUGUUUAAAACCUAAUGUAAAAUAAAUGUAAAUUUGUCAUUUCCUGCAUAUACCAGUGUUUAAUCACAACCAAAUUUUGCUUGUCAAUCUUUUUAGUCAGUUUAAGUUUUAUUCAGCUGUAUUAUUUUUUCUCUUGUUUUAUCAAUGACAAAACCUGCUGAUAGACUUGAUAGUCUUAACUUAUUUAUAUUUCUUGUCAACAUGUAUUUAUUUCUCUGUUUUUUAUUUAUUGAUAUUACUAUCUAAUCGCAUCACGUGGUUUCUCUCCUCCUAUGGCAAUGUGCAUUAACUGCUAAGGCAGCUGGUGAAAAAACAAACCCCAGUAUCACUGUAUAUUACUGCUUCCCCAAUCUGCAUGGAGAUAUCCCAGUACUGGCUCAUGAGCUUGUAGGAGCUGUGAACUGCUGCAGGCCACUGCUGUAAAUAAAGAUUUGUUCUUAGUCGAAUUGCCUGGUUCAGUAAGGGUUAAAGCAAUUUGUCUGGCGUCAGUGAAGUGCUAAAGUGAUACAGAUGACAGAACAGGCGCACUGUACCAGCUCUGUGGCUUAGAAAUUGCUGCUAUUGGCCUGCCGUGUGGAGAGUGAUGCAGCAGAGCAUGUGAUUGGCGAUAUUAGGAAGCUUUCAUGGUUACGAAUGUUUAUUUCUAAAGGUAGUUUGUGCGAGCAGCUGCACUAUAUCUGUUAAACAUGGGACAUUGCUUAUCAUCCUGAUUUAUCCAUCUUAUAUUGGCGUGACAUAUGUGUUUCUUGUGUUGCUGUAUCUCUGUGUAUCACAUUGCACAAAAUAACUCUGCAUUACUAUUGUACAAUAUGUAAUGUCUGUUAUCUCUUGUAUUUUUGAAUGGAGUAUUUAUUCAUUUUGGACCAAAACACAAGUGUUGAUUUUCGUGUUGUUUUUUUUAAUUUGCUAUCUAGAUCAGACAGUCGUCUUUCUGAGUGGUCACACAAAUCACAUUAUUUGGAAAAAAUAGAAGAGAGGAUGAUAGUAAUACUGCAUCAUAAGGCAUGUUAAUACUGUACAAGAUCUGUAAUAAAAGUGAAUUAUAAUUUCUCAGACUAUAUUUGUUAGUCUAAAUUACUGCUGCUGGUUGGAACAAUGCUGUACUGAUAAAUGUUAUGGAUUUAGUGUAAAGUUUACUGAACAACCUCCUAAUAUGCAAAAGCAUGCUUUUCUAUGUCAGCGCAACUGUAUAUAUGUUUAUGUAACAAAAGUAUACAAUGGUAUUUACAGUCAUAAUGAAAGUGUUGUUCAUACACCUGUAGAUAUUGGGGUCAGUGUGUUGGCAGAUAUGUAUAACUGACAGCAGCUUGUGUGUGUGAUGUGCCCUCUAUUAUGUUCAGUUUGGUGUGAAAAUUGUUUUUGUGGCCUUAUAUUGCCAGUGGUUGAUUUAUCUUUGAUAACAGGUUUGUAUGUAGGAAUGUCCAACAUUCAGAUAGCCCACCUAUGAUCUGUAACACUGACGCACUCACAGUACUGUUGUAAUGUUGCUAAACAUUUUUCUUUCAGUUAAAAUUUGCAGAUUAGAACAAGAAUAUGUAGAACAGUAAGACUGCGUGACAUUCCCAGUGAUCAUGUGUACUCACAAAGGAACAAACUGGAAAUGGGUUUAUUUAAGUUACCAAGAAUAGGAAAUGAAAUGGACGCAACUGAUGCGAAAGUGGCGAAUGAUUUAGUGAUUCCUGGCACUAUAUCAAUCAACUAAUAAAAAGACCAAGACAUGA